CGUACGCGGCUGCAUCGAUCCUUUUUUCUUACGGUCUUCCGAUCUCCGACGAUGUAGUUGAGAUCAGGGCGUCGCCUGCGCUCCUCCGGGCAGGACCGGAUCAGCGCCCUCCCGGACGACCUGCUCCGCCUCGUCCUCGCCCGCCUCGGCUGCGCCCGCGCCGCCAUGCGCACAAGCGUCCUCUCCCGCCGGUGGCGCGGCCUCCUCCUAUCAGGGCGCGUCCUCCGCGGCGUCGCGUUCCACAAGCUCGAAGCGGCGCUCGGCCGCGUGUCUCCCGCGGUCUCCCUCCUCGAGAUCCACGUCGCCAAGUGGGCUUGCCGCCUCCCUCCCGAGCAGCUCCGGGCCUCCCGCGUCACCUCCUUGCUGCGCGCCGCCGCGCGUCUCGCGCCCGAGGAGUUCGUCCUCGCUCUCCGGGAUGAAUCAACACGAAACACGGACGACGUCGAGCUGCCAAGCUUCCACCGUGUCACCUCGAUCGUGCUGGACGCGCUCUUCUUCUUUAAGGUGCCGGCCAGCGUCGAGUUCCCCGUGCUCGAGACAAUGUCCCUCUCGGGCUGCAUGGUCGACCUCAAAGCAUUGCUCCCCCAAUGCCCGCGCCUGCGUGUGCUCAGGAUCAAGCUGACCAAAUUUUGGACUAAGGGCAUAGACUUGACGGUCCACUCCGCGUUGCUGCAGGAGCUUGUCGUGGAGAAUAAAUGGAUGCGCAAUGUCGACAUUGUCGCCCCUUUGCUUAAGCAAAUGACGAUGUCCAUGACUUCUUUGCUUGAUAAGAACAUCUCCGUCAUGGCACCAAUGAUGCAGAAUGUCUCCUGGCAGUGCAGGUACGCCAGGGUGCUUGGGAAAACUGGUUUUGGUCCUUGGUGCCUCGCUAAGUUGCGGCUAGAGACGGCGGAGAGACAGGAACAGCCCACUUCGCUGCACAUUCAUGCCUACACCAACAAUAAAUCGUACAUUUUGCCUGUUGAUGAAGACAACUGUAAGCAGGAGAUUCAAAAGCAUAUGAUUGCUGCAUUCUCUGUUUUGAAGCUACAUCUUGAAACAGUUGGGCACGUCUUCGGGCCAUUUGUGUUUCAUCUCCUUGGGAUGAACCGGAUUGGCAGUGAUAUACACAUGCUUAGGGUCGUCCUACGGAGAUCAAAGGAGAAAAAAUCGUGCAUGGCUAAUUGUCGAUGUGAUCCCCCGAACUGGACAACCAAAACUAUCUCCUUGACUGCUCUUGAAGAAAUGGAAAUCGACGGCUUUGAAGGCGAUGAUCAUGAGUUUCAUUUCUUGAAAUUGGUAUUCAAGUCUGCGCCAAUUCUUGAAAGAGUUACUGUGAAGCUGUCACAUGAGGGCUCAUCAAGUAGUGACAUAUGCGCAAAACUACACGACAUUUUCAGGGCAUAUUCUUCCGUGGAAUGUUGUGUUUAUCUUAGCUCUGGAUUAACACACGGCAGAGCAAAUUGUUUUUCGGCAUGAUUCUCCAUUUGUGAAUUCAUGAUGGGCACCAACAAGAAAAUCAUUCAGCGAUUUGACGAACUCCAUAUAUGUGAAACAGUUGCAGGAUAUUUCUUUGUUAUAACUCAGACAGACUUCAAUGCAGCUAUACGCUCGGAAUAUUGAACUCUAGCCUGGUUCCUAUUUUGAAGAUAAAACUGGGUGUUGUUGGGGCAGUGCACUGCAGCUAUAUACCUAGAGUGUUACAAUUAUCCAGGCGUCAAAGUUGUUAUGCUCAGUCUAUCUUCAGUUGUCAAAGCGUCGAAGUUAUUGUGCUCAAAGCCUCACACCAUGUUUAAUUUUCAAAGUUACUGUGCUUGACCUAUGUCAGUCAGGUGCCCCAAGCUUUUCUGUUAGGCCUGUGGUUUCUAUUGAUUUUCACUGUUUCAUCGCAUUUUGAUAUUUUGGAACAGUUCAUUUCAUUUGACGUCUUGUGUUUCUUCUCCAAAAGUAGAUUGACCAGCACAGAAUAUCCGCUUAAGCUUCAUAGCUCUUCGUUUAAUAUAUGAGCUCUCUGGUUAGCUCAACAUCUUAAGUUGAGAAGUGCCCAAUAUUCCUAUCUUCCAGAAA